ACAUCAGAACAAGAGACUAAAGGUCUUCCCAGCAAGAAGGGAAUUGUGCAGUCUAUAGUAGGUCAAGGCUACCACCGUAAGAUAGUCCUAGCAUCCCAGUCAAUACAGAAUGUUGUUUAUAAUGAUGGGCAGUCCUCAGCAAUACCUGUAGCCAGUAUGGAAUUUGCAGCGAUUUGUCUAAGAAAUGCCUUGUUGCUACUGCCAGAAGAUCAGCAGGAGCCAAAGCAGGAAAAUGGAUCUAAAACUAGUAAUCAGCUGGGGGGAAAUACAGAAAACAGUGAAAGCAGUGAAGCAUGCAGCAAUAAAAGUCAUGAAGGGGAUAAAUUCAUUGCAGCUCCACCUUCUUCGCCUUUGAAGAAACAGGAAUUAGAAAAUUUAAGGUGCUCAAUACUUGCGUGUAGUGCUUACGUGGCUCUGGCUUUGGGUGAUAACCUUAUGGCAUUGAAUCACGCAGAUAAACUUCUUCAGCAACCAAAGCUGUCAGGGUCUCUUAAGUUUCUUGGGCAUUUGUAUGCAGCAGAAGCUCUCAUCUCUCUAGACAGAAUAUCUGAUGCCAUCACUCACUUGAACCCCGAGAAUGUCACUGAUGUUUCCCUCGGGAUCUCUUCAAAUGAGCAGGAUCAAGGGUCUGAUAAAGGAGAGAAUGAGGCAAUGGAAUCUUCUGGCAAGCAGACCCCACAGUGUUACCCCAGUUCGGUCACAUCUGCGCGAACAAUGAUGUUGUUUAACCUUGGGAGUGCUUACUGUUUGAGGAGUGAAUAUGACAAAGCUCGAAAGUGUCUUCAUCAGGCUGCUUCGCUGAUCCACCCCAAAGAGAUCCCUCCAGAGGCGAUUCUGCUGGCUGUAUAUCUUGAAUUACAGAAUGGUAAUACACAGCUGGCACUGCAGAUCAUCAAGAGAAACCAGCUCCUCCCUUCUGUGAAAACACUCUCCGACAUGCGGAAGAAGCCCGUGUUUCAGCCAGUCCACUCAAUCCAGCCCAUUCAGAUGCCAGCUUUCACCACUGUUCAAAGGAAGUGAGGUUGUGCUUGAACCUGCUGCUUCUCUGCCCAUGAGGGCUUGGGAUUUUGUAUAUUUUUUUAACCUAGGACACCUGCAUACCCCAACUGCUGGAGUGUGUUCAUUUAUGUAAAUUUUUAAUAAAACAAGUAAA